AUGCCUUUGUACCUGAUCAAAUUCAAGCCAUACACGACUGUGGGCAAUAAGAAAGAGUUCAUGUCGGAGCUCGAAGAGCAUGGCGGGCUAUUUGUAAAAGAGAAUCGUCUCCGCAAGGGCUACAUAUACGACGUGCCCGACGAAGCGCUCAAUACCAACGCCUUUAAGACGCGCGAUUUCAUCCAGUCGUCGGAGAGACAGGCUGGAGACUGA